AUGGCUCCUGUUCGCGAACCGCCAGCGCGGGGCGUGCGACCUUCGAAAUCUAUCCUGAAAAAGACCCCCAAGACUGGUGUAUCAAAUGCCGCACCCGAGGCCGAACCGCUCUUCGCCUCUUCGAAGAAGGACAAGCGUCGAAUCAAACACGCUGAGCUUAUGAACAAAGUCACGAAAUCUGCCGCCAAAAAACCUAGACGAAGGCGACCGAAUAACAAACUUGUCACAGCCCUAGAUGCCCUGGCAGCCGCACUUCCGGAUGACAACGAGCUAGAGAACAAUGGCACACGGGCGACGGGCAUGUCAACAGGCAACCAGCCUCCAGACCAAGUUAAUAUCAUCAGGCGAAGGAGUAUGAAGUCCCGGCCGGGCGCAAUGAAGAGGAGGGAGAAAGUCGAUAAAGGCGAACGAGAUCGAUUUGCGAAGAAUAUGGCGCAACUUGCAACACCCAGGUCCCUUAACGAAGCUGCGGCGCAGACUUCUAGGGACACUGCAAAUGGGGCAGGCAAGACGGUCCCCAUACCGUCGACAAGUGAGAGGUGGGCCGCUCUGAGGGGUUUCAUCUCUCAGACGUUAGAGACAAAUCCGGAGUUGAAGAAAGUCACAUCUUGA